CUACACGUAAUGAUAUUUGUAUGAAUUAGAUAUUACCACAAGAGUAAAUGUUUGCGUAGGUUCACGAUUACAGCAUUUCUCACUUGAAAACGAGGCUUGAGAUUUUGACAUGUAACUGUUUUUCACCUUACGCAACAUGAGUUAGAAACUGACCAAUAGGGGCGUAUUUUAUAUGUGUUUAAGGCUUGAAUGAAGGCAUGGACAUGCCCAUAAUCCAGUUGGAAAGCGCGAUUGGUUUAUUAAUCCGGAAGGGUUUGGUAAAUAGUUUUUGAUGUGAAUGCUAUGGCUGAGGAUGGUUCGCCUAAUAAUAACGGAGAAAUGCACUACACAACCCCAAGAGCUAAUAAUAAUGAACAUUAUCGAUCAGUAAAUAAUAUAAAUAAUGAGAAUGGUUACUCAUCAGAAGAAAGAAGUAACUCGCCUUUAGAUUUUUCGUUCAAGAGAAAAAAUGGUGACAACGAAAUUUCAGGAUCGGACUCUGUCCCAUCUCCGGCAUCUACUAAUGAUACUGGAUUAAGUCAGGAUGAUAGAAAAAUUACAGAAAGUGAGGAAAAAAUUCUAAUGAAUGGACUGGUUAAUAAAAUCAAGUCUGAACCUGAUAGUAACUGGUCAUUGAAUCACAAUGUAGCAAGUAUGUUGACUGCUUUUCAAGCUGGACUUAUCCCUAACCCUAUGCUUGGACCACUUCCGUCAGUCGCUGCUCUCAUGGCGCCUAAAUAUCCUCAAAACAAGUCUUCAUCAACCCGUCCAUUCAAAUCUUACCCUAAAGACCCAUUAGGCAUGGGAGGGUAUAUACCUGGACUAAUGCCGUCAGAUUCUAAUGGUUUUCAGAAUCUCAAUUUAAAUAGCGAAGAAUUCUUUCAUUUGUAUCGACAUCAUAUGUUGCUAGCGGGCGAGAAAAUGCACGAAUCAUCUUCAUCAAUAGCGCAAUCAAAAGCAUCAUCUAACGUAACUACGACAACAAGUUCACCCAGCUCAAGUUCUACUAUUAGUCCUAACGGGGUUAAAAAUGAACAUAGUCUGAACGGGUUUAGAAAUGGACCCAGUCCUAACGGAUUUAGAAAUGGGUCUAGUCCUAAUGGCAUCAGACCGGCUCAACUCAUGGGAAUAUCCUCAUCAACCGAACACAGAAAUUAUACAUCAUCCCGAAAACGUGCUAGAAUUUUACCAGAAGAACAAAAAGAUGGAGCAUAUUGGGAACGGAGACGAAAAAAUAAUGAAGCUGCUAAAAGAUCGAGGGAUAUGAGGAGAGCUAAAGAAGAUGAGAUUGCCAUCCGAGCUGCUCUGCUUGAGCAGGAGAAUCUGAAACUACGGGUCGAAGUGGCAGCACUGAAAACAGAAACGGCCAAGUUACGUUGUAUGUUGUAUAACAGUUAAUUUUGUUGUUUUGUGAUUUCUCAGGAACUUUUUCAGUGGUUAGAUAAUUUAUGAUGACUCAUGCGGGUAUAUUUUUUAUUUUCACAUAUUUUGUACUGUUAUCUAAACAGCAGCGUUAUUACAAAGGCAGCCUUAUCGUGAACCAUGACUCGUUACUUGAGAGUUAAAUGGUAAUUUGAACACAUUUUCCAUGCCAGUGAACUGGCAUUUUCUGACAACAUUGUUUAAACAAGUUUAUAUUCAUGUCACCAGUCCAGAUUUUCUAUUUUUGGGUGGUCCAUAUUUACAGUAAAUACCAAAAAUCACUAAUUAAAGUAUUAAAUUAUUUUGAAUUCCUCCAUUUGUUAAGACAUUUAUAAUGAUAAUAGAGAAUUAUUAUUGUUCUCAUUUUGACAUGUGCGAGGUUGAUAUUUUAUGCUAUGGUAAAUUAUCCAAAUAUCUGAAAAUGCUGUGAAAAUUGAAUGUGUAUUGAAGUAAAUUUUGAAUGCUAUGAGAUGCCAUUGUAACUUUUUUUUAUGUACAUAUUAUCUUUGCAUGCUUUUCAUAUUUGUUUAAUGAUAAAACAAAACUCAGGGAGAUUAUUAUAUCAUUUUUUUGAAUGUAUAAAUGUGUUUGUUAAAUUUUCAUAGUUUUGAUCUAUAUAUAACAUUGUUGAGCAGAUAAUCCAACUUUCUCAGGUAGAGGAAUGGAAUUCUUGAUCGAAUUUGCCAGAUAAUCCAUAUUAUGCAAAUGAGUCGAUUGUCAAUCGUAACAUGCUACAUAUCCAAUUUUGUAGAAAAACAAUUUUAUAUUUCAUUAAGUGCGAUGUAAUCGAAUUUAGAAAUGAAAUCACAAUCCUUUAGCUGGUUAUAUUGAUUAUAUGCAUUUUUGUUUCAUUACUACUAUUGCUCAAAAGGAUUGGAAAACGAUUUCAUCAUUUUAUACUCUGACGCCAUCUUUCAAGAAUUUGUUCCUAAGUAUUUAUACAUGCUCACUUAAAUGUAAAAUCCUUCUAUUAUUCAUAUCUUAUUAUCUUGAUGUUAUUCACCAAAGUACCUCUAUAAUAUGAGACUACCUCAUGUGUUUUCGUUGGACGUAUUAUUUUUUAUUGAUUUGAAAUCAAAUGCAUGCUUUGUAUAUAUAUUAACAUUAUAGAAUAAUUUUACAAUCAACUUGGACAAUCUUGUAAUGUUUAUCUCUAAGAAACUAGUGCUCUACUAACUUUAAGAUUUACUGUAAAUUCAAUCUUUUCCUUCAGAUUUACAUACCAAUAUAUGUAUAAUUUACAACUUUCCGCGAUUUCCAUCAAUUGUAUAUUAACUGAAAAUACAGAUUAUGUAUUUUGUUUUAAAUUUUUGCUUGCUAUCAUUUUAUCUUCUUUUUAACCCCAAAAUUUACAUACCAAUAUAUUGUGAUAUCUCUUUAUUUACUACAGCAGCUGACUUGGAUGGAGGUAAAGUGUUCAUUCAUCAUUCAAUCCAUUAUCUCAGUUAUAAAGAAAAGUUUUUGAAAUAGGCCAGUAUUCAUGCAGUAUUUUUUCAAUGUUAUUAUAGUUCAGAUAAAUUAUUUAGAAAAUAUAAAAAAAAUCAUUUUUGUCUUUUCUAUUUCUUUCAUUUGGAAAUAUUUGACUUUAAUAUUCAGGUGUCAUCAGUUGCAUGAACCUUGAAAUUUAAAAAAUGGAUUUGAAAUAUUAAAAACAUUAAAUUUUGACAAAUAUUCGUAUAUAUUAAGACUGUCAAAGUUAUUUUUUUUAACAAUAGUACUAUAUUUUACCUCAGUGGUGGUAUUAGAAAAGAAAUACAAAUCAUUUUUAAAGCUGAGGAGGAGGGUGUGGAUUCGAAAAGAAACCCCAUUUUUCUUUAAACAAGAAAUUAUUUUUCUUUCAAUGUAAAUUUAAAUCAUAUGUUACAACUCAGAAGAGAGAAAAAUCUGAACAAAAAAAUUGAGCACCCCCUCCUCCUUUUACGAAGAUCAGAAAAUGGUUUGGUGUCUGAUUUCGUUGUAUAAAUGUAUGAAGAUAGUGCUAUAUAUAUAUAUUUUACAAUGCGUGCGUGUUGGUCAACUUUCUAUACUUUCUACCUCGAUAUCAUUUUAAUCAUUUUAAUGUGUCUUCAUUUAUUGGUGCAUUACCAUAUAUCCAACUGUUGGAUGAAUAUUUUGGUAAAUUUUAAUAAAAAUGUUUUACAAAAAUGAAAA